AUGUCGGGCCAGGAGAACAAUCCCCAAACCCCUGUCCAGGAAAACGAGAACACCCCCAGUUCCCCUCAACCUAAACAUGAGGGAGAGAAGGACGGCAACACUCUCAACUCUCCUCAACCUAAGCGAGAAAAUGGGGACACCAUUAAACAAGAGCCCGAUUCAGAUAACGAGCCCGCUCCUCGGAAGCAGGAAGCUCCCGAAUUUCGUCGGAGAAUGCCGCACCCCCGGCUCCAAAGAUAUCGUCAGGACUCGGAGACCGAUGCCUUCGAUUAUGACAUGGAAAAUGCACCUGUUGAAAGGCCCCGCCGUCAGCGCCGCCAGCACCGUCAGCUACAAGAGCAGCAAGACGGUGUGCACCUCGGGGGUCUGCCUGGGGUGCGCCAAGCAGGCGACCUGGUUCAAAACACUGCCGGUAACGCCCGAAACGGGGUGACUGGCUCCGCCGGCAAAGCAGUUGGAGACGUCCUAGGCAGCAAAAAGAAUGAGGGGGGUGAAGAGGGCGGGAAAGGCGAACAGUUACGAUUGCGUCUGGAUCUGAAUCUCGACAUCGAAGUGCAACUGAAAGCGAAGAUCCACGGCGACUUGACUCUUGGUUUACUGUCCGUACACAUUUCAUUUCUCUCUCAAUUUUUCAAUGCUACAUGCACAAGCUAA